AUGAUCGUGUCCGACAUGCUACCAGAACUGCUGUUUUCGGUUGGCAGUGGUAUGCAGGACUUCGGAAAGGAUGAGCUAGGCGGUUUGCUCGGAACCGGCGUCGUAGUGAGCAGCGAUAAGGACCACGGUGCCAGUCAGCAUACCCUGCACUCGGCCGCCAACGGCGGCGUUGGCCUAGUGGUCGGCAUCGAUGACAUAAAGCUGACGUCCAUCCCGGAUCUGCUGGAGACGAGCGAUGGUGGCAAGUUGGAGGAAGUCGAUCGUGAUCUUUACCCCUGGCACACCGGCCCCAACAUCGGAAGUCGAUUUCUGCGCAGCUCAGACGAUCCAUUGAUCUCCGGAGGCACCAACGACAAUCCGCACGAUAAUGAGCUUAGCGUGCCGACGGUCAGCCAGUCCAUGUGUCCGUCUCCAACAACGCCACCGCCCGCACCGAAGCACCGCCACUCGAGUGUCCUGCCACCGGAGCUCGCCGAGCCGAUACUGUCGCCGCUGGCGACGACCCCACCCAAGAAGACGCCGGACGCCUCAGCGCCAUCGCCAUCGAAGCCAGCGACGACGUCCAACAGACGCUCCAACACCGGUGCCCCGAGGGCACGGCGAAAGGGGCCGCUCAAGCUGCGGUUUCACCACCAAGCCCUGCCCCAGGAGUACCUCGAUCACUAUGAGGCCACCCAGAACAAUCUGCACAAGAAGGAAGCAGCACACGGUCAAGCAAAGUCGACGACGCGCCAGCCCGACCGCCAAUCGGCCAAGGCUCUGAUGGAGCGCCAGGCUGUGCUGGAGCGCGAGGAACGGGCCAACGAGUCCGUACGGAGUUGGCUGCAGAAAAUACUGGAACUGCAACAGGAGGGAGUCCCGAUGGCCCCGCUCAAGGACGAGCCGGGCCAGUCCACGGCACCAACGCCACCAACCAACACCGCCGCCACUGACGGAUCGCCCCAGAAGCGGAUCGUCAGCUACACCGAUCUACCGUACAUGGGCGAGAUCACGCUGGACAACUGUAAACCGCGGCGUGGCCGGAAACCCAAAAAGGCGGACAUUUGCCACCUGAUCUACAAGAACUACGGCACCAUUCUCCCCGGCACUCCGACGCGAGAGCUGACCCUGGAGAAAGUGGCCAAGGGCUGCUCCAAAUCCGUUGCCAGCCUCCUCGAGCGCCGUCUAACGGCGUCCGACGAGAGGGCGAAAGGGCAACCCACCGGGCAGCUGCUGGGUGGAGGUGGUCAGCCCCGACAGAGCCCCAAGCGGGGGCUCCGAAAAGAGGAACCACUCAACCUGUGCGUCCGUGACUCGGGCGGAGACAGCGUUGCGCUCAGCCUGUCGUCCGAUCCGGACACGGAUCCGGAGGAAGAUCCGUUUGCUUCGUCCUGCCCCACACCGAUCAUCACUCCGUCGGAUCUGUGCACCGACCAGGCGCUGGCCACUAAUAUGAAGCUAUCGCUGCCAACGCUUCAGUCGUCGUCGGGCAGCACGACGGAGACACCCUCGACGGCCGACACUCCGCCGGGUUACAUGUACUGGUCGUCCGCGAACGCACCGACCCUCUUCGCACAUCCCAUGGGCAUGUACUUCCCGGCGGCAACGACGACGGCGUCGGUGCCGGAGCUAGCCGACGGCUCUCCGGCCUCAUCGCCGGCUGUGUCACCGAACGGGCUGAAGGGUGACCACCAACGCCCAGCACAGCCGCUGCUAGUUCCGAAGCACAUUUCGCAGCUCAUCAAACCCACCAAACCGCAGCCACCGGCCGCCACUGCCCCGACCGGCCAACGGCGGACGUCACCGAUCCCGAAGCGGAAGCGAUCGGCCAUCUUCAUCCCGCCCGUACCGGCCGAGAACAGCUCGAACCCGGCGACGGAAGUGAGCAUCUGCAAGUUUAAGUUCACCGGCGGCGCCAAACCGUGCCUGCAGGAGAAGAAGAUACUGAGCGUCGACUCGGGCGGCAACUUCCGGUACUACUCCGGCACCGGCGACAAGUCGAUGCGGGGCUACGAGUUCUUCCCGCGCGAGAGCCUGCAGCAGAGCAGCAUCACGGCGACGAGCACGACCGGGGCGUUCCUGAACGCUUCCGGCGAACGGAUCGCCUGCGAUCUCCCGCCACCCUCGCUGGGCCUCAGCAACGAUCUGCUCCAGAUACCGGACUUUCCCACUUCGCCGCCCCACCCGUGCUCACCGAUCACGCCGGCCGUGACCGGAUGUGGCCCGCACCAUCAUCACACGGCGUCCGAGAGGCGGCGGCGAAAGAGCCGCCGCGCUACGCAGCGCGAGUCGCUCGAGAAGACGUUCAAGGAGAAGGGCUUCCUGAUCCAGACGCAACAGAUGCAAUCGGCCGAAGGUGCGACCUACUGUAAAUUCAGACAAUUACGCAAAUUUACCCGCUAUCUCUUCCGAAGCUGGAAAGACUAUCUGCCGGGCGAUCUGCAGCAACAGUCGGACGUACUGCCAGGCGUGACACUGCCACCACCAACCGGAGGGGGAAUGUCCGAGGACUUUGGCUCGCCACCGGAGCGACUCGUCACCGCUUUCGACGAGGCGGCCUCCUCCAGCAGCUUCUCGUCGCCGUCGCACCAGAUGAUAGUGGACGCGGCGACGGUUGACCAGCACGGCGGCUCUAUCAGUUCGACCGUCCGAAGUCGCUUUUCAGCGACCCAACAGCUGCAGCAUUCCGAACCCUGCAUGACUGACCCGGGCAGCAGUCCUGGGCCAUCACCGCCGCCGCCGCCGCGACGAGUCGACUGA